AUGGCACUCAUCGAUGACCAGCAAUCUCCGCCAGCGUCUCAUCCACUUGCUCUCUCAGAAGAUAGCGUUAGGGAGGUGGUGGAAGAGAUACGUGUCCAUGAGCUCGCAGUCGCCUCGGUGGAUGCCGAAAUGCAGGAGCUCUACCGUCAGGCCGCUUUGCUUCGUUCGAAGAAGCAGAAGUACCUCGACUUGAUAGGAAAAUGCCGCGGUCGCAUCACUCUUGCUUUGAGAGUUCCAGACGAACUCCUUGCCCUUGUUUUCGAGCAUUGCGCUUCGGACUGGGCGAAGGCACCGCUUACUUUCUCGCAAGUGUGCCGGAAAUGGAGACAAGCCGCCACGGCGCCCAAUGUAUGGUCGCGGGUUUCGCUCACGAGUGAAAGCAAGGACUCGGUCUCGAAGACCCAACUCUGGCUGAGCCGUGCUUUGGACGCCCCCCUGCACAUCACUGUGGAUAUCGAGGGCGUGGACGAGCAGAUACUCUCCUCGUGGGACCAUCUACUAGAUCGAACUGCUCAGUGGCAAACUCUCGACUUCCAGACGCGAACAAUACCGCAAUCUAAUGCUCUACUGUCCGCCAUCUGUAAUCGGGCACUGCCGCGACUGCGAUUUGCACGCGUUCUGUGCUUAGAGCCGCCAAUCGCGGCUGAUGGCAUCUUGCCUCCCGAGGCACGAGAACUCUCGAUGCUAGAGGCAUCCCUCAGAGAUGCCCCCGCUCUUCGCCAUCUAGCGGUUCAUACCUGUCAUUUCCCUCCCGCAUAUCCGCAACAGAUCACCCGACUCGUACUGAACCUAUCUCUGCUUUUGGCACCCAAUACGCCGAGCGCCGAACUUGAACCACUCCUAACACUCGCCGCGCUACAGCACUUGACCAACCUGACGAUAUACGCGCCAGUCCCUGGCUACUUCACCCGGGCGAUUGUUGAUGAAGAGAUCCCUGUCAUCGAGUUUUCGCACCUCAAGACGUUCACGCUCGAUGCCUUCCGCACAAUCAACUCCGUGCUCACAUACAUUCGUGCGCCUUCUCUGCGUACCCUGCGACUGCGAUCUAUUGAAGACCCCCUGACGCACCCGCACGCGCCAACUGCCGCUGCGCUACUGUCUUUUCUGGCGGCGAGCGUUCCACCCCUGCAGCGAUUAGAGCUACAUGAUGUAGACCUGCCGGCGGCGGACUUUAUUCGCGUAUUUCGCGCGAUGCCUCUAUUGGAGACGCUCCGGCUUCACGAGACGGAAAUACCCGACGAAACUCUCGCUUCGUUGAACGGCCCGCGUGGCCUUUGCCCUUAUCUCAAGCAACUCGACCUGCGUUGGUGUGAGCAGCUCACAGGCGCCGCUCUUGUCGACCUAGUUCAAUCUCGCUUAGCUGAUACCGAGAGGGACGUCGAGUGUUGUGCCAUAGAGCUCGUCCGAGUCAUCAACUGUGCAAUGGUCAAGGAAAAGGAUGUGCUCAGUCUCGCGCGCAUGGCGGCAUGCAGCGUUCACCUUUCCAACGCGGAAGAUGAGUCGGAAGAGUACUGUCGCUCCAAAGGCUGUUGCAACAACGGUCGUUAUCGACAACGGAUGAUGCUUCGUCACCACAAGGAGAUUUUUGGAGAUGCCGGAGAGAAGUUGAUGAAUCUCAUAUUAGACUGA